AUGACAGCUUGAGCUUACAACGUACCACAGAUCACCCUUCUUUUCGCAGCUCGCUACUUUUCGACGAUGUGGAGGAUUUUGAUAAACAUCUACAGUCAAGGACGGAGGGCAUCCGCGAGAUAGUGUCGCGCCUCUCGAAGAUAUCUUCGCAAAAUCCCCCCGAUAUCUCGGAUUUCCAAAGCCAGCUUGCGAAAAAGUUAGCAGAAGAGAAGGUCGCCAUCACGGAACUCGAAAGGACACUUUUUGAAAAACAACAAUUGGAAGAAAGCCUGGAAGCUGCCUCAUUACGGUAUAUGGUAGCAGAAAAGAAGCUUGAUCGAGCACGAAGUGUCACAGUCGCAAAACUGGAGAAGCAGUUUCUGAUGGGUGCGCAGCGCCCUGGAGGGGACAGUGCAACAACCAAUCGAGAAGAGAGCGUAUCUGUCAACGGGACCGCAACUCCUAGCGGAGAAAGAAAUGUCGAACUUGAGGAAGCGCACGGAAAACUGGCCACUAUAUCUGAAAAGCAGAAAGAGCAACUACAAAAGCUGGAGACAGAAAAUGCGUCCUUGCUAAGUCAAAUUACGGAAUUGAAUAUCAAGCAUUCGAGACUCACGGACGAAGAUUAUUCGCACACAGAUUUAUUCAAGCUGCUGAAGUCGCAAUAUGAAGAUGUCAAGCUUCAAUCGGAACGGACCGCAUAUCGGAACCAGAUCGACGCAGAGACCCAAGCUGCUCUCGCAGAGAAGGAGGCCCAGUUGAUGAGAGCGGAGACGGAUUUGGCUCGGAUAAGGAAUACCCGCGACGAACUACUUGCGGACCAGCAGAUGAGAAAAGCGGCUCAGGAGCAAGAAAAAACAUCGGCAGCCAAGGUCCAGGAGCUGGCAGACGCUCGUCAGGUACAGAUAGCCUCUUUAGAGUCGGAGGUUGAGCGGUUACGUAUCCAAGUGGACUCCCUGAAAGCGACACCCCAGGGACUUGAAGAUCUGUCUAUCGAGGAGUUACAGACGAAAUAUCACAAUUUGGAACGGCAGUACUCCAUGCUGAAUGAUGAAUUGGCGUCUAUGCAGACGGCGCUCAAAAAGUACUCAGCAUUAGCAUCUCAAAAAGUGGCUGAUUUCAGUGCUAUGGAAGAAAAGGUUGCUCGCUCGAUAGCCGAGAAAUCCAAAGCGGAUCAGAAGUACUUUGCGGCGAUGAAGGCCAAAGAGUCACGGGAGGCCGAGGUUCGAACUCUGCGGAUGCAGAAUUCAAAAGCUUCGGAUAUCGUCUCUCAAUUAAAGGAAUCGGAAUCGGCAACCCGUUCAUUAUUGGCAAUUAUGGAGAAACAAGCUACUGAAACCAAGGAAGCCAUGAAUACUCUAGCCGCCAAGAAUCAUUCCACACAGCAACAAUUAACAGAAAGCAAUAUCGCCAUAGACGGGCUGAAAGCUCAGGUUACUGAACUGAAGGCUCUCGCAGCGUCAAAAGAUUCGGCUCUUGCAAACAGCUCUGCAUCUUGUCGCCGAGCAGAGCUCGAUCUUGAAGGCUUGAAGGUGACACUCGCUGACACAAAGAAGAGCCUUGAUAACUGGAAGAACAAGAGUCUAGGGAACUCCUCAUCAGAGUAUGAGAUGCUGAGGACCCUUGCGAUAUGUACCGUCUGCCGCAGGAACUUCAAAAACACUGCGAUUAAGACAUGUGGCCAUGUUUUCUGCAAAGAGUGUGUGGAAGAACGUCUUACGUCUCGGUCACGGAAAUGCCCCAACUGCAACAAAUCCUUCGGAAAUAACGACCACAUGCAUAUUACUCUGUGAUUUUCUUUGAAGUCUCCAACCUUGGUCUAUUUUUUUCCCCGCAGGCCAUUUCGUUUCUUGUAUAACAUUUUUUUUUUCUAUU